AUGUCCUGGCUCAAGUUACACAACCCUACUAUAGACUGGCCUAAUAAGCGUAUUACUUUUAAUUCUCAAUAUUGUAACAACACUUGUCUUUCUGUUUCUAAUUCUAUCCUGGGAAAUGUCGGUGGGACUUCUAACCACCUUGAAGGCAUACCAGAAGACUUAGGAGGUGUCAAGGUAAUUGAACCUCUUGAAGGCAUCCCUAGGGAAACUGGAGGUACUGUGGACUCUCCACUUGAAAGUAUCCCAGUAGAACUGCGCAAUUUUGCGGAGGUAUUUUCUGAGGACAUGAAGGUGACGGAACUGCCGCUGCACCGUCCUUUUGAUUUAGGGAUUGAUUUAAUCGAUCCUGAUAAACCUGUUAAGGCUAUGGUAUACCCCUUGAAGGCAUCUGAUGAUGAGGAACUUAGAAAACUCCUUAAAGAACAAUUGGACAAAGGAUUGAUUUGCCCAUCCAAGUCCAAAUAUGGUUCCCCAGUUCACUUUGUCAACAAGAAAAAUGGGAAAAGGCGUAUGGUUGUGGAUUAUAGAUCCCUAAAUGCAAAUACAGUCAAGAAUGCGUACCCUCUACCUCUAAUACAGUCUCUCAUUGAGAAACUAAGGGGCGCAAAAUACUUUUCCACCAUUGACCUGAAAUCUGGAUAUAACUUGGUCCGGAUAAAGGAAGGUGAUGAAUGGAAGACUGCGUUUAAAACCAAAUAUGGCCUGUUUGAAUACCUAGUCAUGCCCUUUGGGUUAUGCAACGCUCCUGCUGCAUUUCAGCACUUCAUGAAUGAGAUAUUUAGGGACAUAUUGGACGUCUAUGUAGUAGUAUAUCUAGACGACAUCCUAAUAUUCUCAGAAAGCAGGGAAUUACACACAAAACAUCUCCAAGAGGUACUGAAAAGGCUGCAAGACAAUGCAUGCUACUGUAACCUGGAGAAGUGUAAUUUCUAUGCAUCUGAAGUAGAUUACCUUGGUGUCAUUGCCAAUGGUGAAGGAGUGAAAGCAGACCCCAAGAAAAUCACUCAAGCGGUUGAUUGGGCAACACCACACUCUGUCAAAGGGGUUCAAGAGUUUUUGGGCUUUAUAAAUUUCUAUAGACGCUUCAUACAUAACUUCUCAAAAUUGGCACAACCCUUAUACCAACUACUCCAAAAGAAUAUACCUUGGGAGUGGGGUGAACGCCAAGAAGAGUCUUUUAAAGCUCUUAAACAGGCUCUAAUUGAAUCCCCUGUCUUAAUCCAACCCAAUCCAUACAAGGAGUUUUUCCUUGAGUGUGACGCCUCUGAUUUUGCAACGGGCGCGGUCCUUAAUCAAAAGGGCAGUGAUGAUAAAUUACACCCGGUUGCAUUCCUAUCAAAAUCCCUAGCACCUGCUGAAAGAAACUAUGAUAUCUUUGAUAAAGAGUUACUAGCAGUAGUAAGGGCUUUAAAGGAAUGGCGUCACCUGCUGGAAGGAACAGUAAUCCCUGUCAAAAUACUGACAGACCAUAAAAAUUUGGAGUACUUCCAGACAAAAAGGGAUCUGAACCAAAGGCAGUUAAGGUGGAUGGGAUUUUUGGCAGAUUACAACUAUAGGAUUGUGUAUAGGCCGGGCGCACAGAAUAGAAAAGCAGAUAUUCUCUCUCGCCGUGAAGACCACAAGUCUGCGGUUAAAGAGGGGGGUGAAACCCCUGUGCUCAUAAGCCCAGAGCUUUUUAUUGCAGCUAUCCAAACAGAUAGUGACCUUAAUGAUCUAAUAAGGGACGCUCUGCAUGAUGAUAAAGCUGUAUACAAAAUCCUUAAAUCCUUGGAAGAGGACAUACCUGUUAAAGGAUGGAAACUUGAUAAUGGCUUACUCUACUAUCAUGACCGGAUUUAUGUCCCUAAUGAGCCAGAAAUCAGGAAAGCCAUCUUAGAAAGCAGGCAUGAUAACCCUUCCACUGGGCACCCAGGACAGUUCAGAACCCUAGACCUCCUUUCAAGGGAUUACUACUGGUCAGGGAUGAAACAAUCUGUAACAAAAUAUGUCCAAGCAUGCAAUUCAUGCAUACGUAGCAAACACUCCAACCGGGCUCCUGAAGGUCUCCUUCAAAACAUAGAUUUACCCAAUAAGCCCUGGGAGGAAAUAACGUAUGACUUGAUUGUAGGACUCCCCACCUCAGAAGGAUAUGAUGCAAUAUUAACAGUAGUGGACCGAUUAUCCAAAAUGGUUCAUUUUAUACCAACGCACUCUGAUGCUACUGCUGUUGAUGUUGCAAACCUCUUUGUAUCCUUUGUGUGGAAGUUACAUGGGUUACCCAGGAAAACCAUUUCGGACCGAGGCCCCCAAUUUAAUGCAAAAUUCCUGAGACAAGUCUACAAGCGGUUGGGGAUAGAACCACAUUUCUCCACUGCAUACAGACCACAAGUUGAUGGACAAAGUGAACGCUUAAACCAGUUUGUGGAAAUUUACCUACGCCACUACAUCAACUAUAGACAAACAGACUGGGUUGCAUCACUACCACUUGCGGAAUUUGCAUACAAUAAUGGGAAACACUCAGGCUCCAAACACUCUCCCUUCUACAUGUGCUAUGGUUAUAAUCCAGACUUCACAGUUGGAAACACCAAGGAAAGCCAUGUCCCCCAAGCUGACGACCUAGCAGACUUCCUGAAAGAAAUCCAAACUGAAGCAAAAGCUGCUUUAGAAAUUGCUGCAAGACAAAAUGCGCAAUACUAUGAUUUAAACAGAAGGGAAGCAACCAAGCUGGAAGUUGGUGAUAAAGUUUAUUUGAGUAGUGCCAACAUCAAAACUUCAAGGCCUUCCCAUAAGCUAGAACAUAAGCGAUUGGGGCCCUACAAGGUCUUGGAGAAAAUUGGCAGGAACUCUUAUAAACUGGAUCUCCCUAAAUCCAUGAAAGUCCAUCCUGUCUUCAACAUUGCCCUAUUACACAAAAAGCCAGUAGACAAGUAUGACCGUGAUCCAGUUCCACUCCCCCCAGUUGUCACAGCUGAUGGAGAAGAGGAAUAUACUGUUGAAAGGAUCCUAGACUCCAAGAAAGCAGUCCAGGAAUGGCCAACACCCACCAAGAUCAAAGAAGUCCAGUCAUUCCUAGGGUUUGCCAAUUUCUUACGCCAAUUUGUAGCCAACUUCAGUCACAUGGCUAGACCUCUGCGCAACCUGGUCAAAAAGGACACACCAUGGAAAUGGGAAGCAAGGGAAGAAGAAGCAUUCCAAGGGCUGAAAACUGCCGUCACCAAUGCCCCCAUACUUUGCCACACCAAUCCCACCAAGCCUUACUUCCUUGAGACAGAUGCAUCAGGAGCUGCCUUGGGUUCCAUACUAAGCCAACAACAGGAUGAUGGGCGCCUACACCCUCUAGGUUUCUUAUUGGAAUCAUUCAAGGGAGUGGAACAAGAUUAUGACACCCACAACAAGGAACUCCUUGCUAUCAUCCAUUCCUUUGAAUAUUGGCGCAUUUUCCUGGAAGGUACAGAACACCCUGUCACGGUUUUUACAGACCACUGGAACCUGGAAUAUUGGAAAGAAUCCCAUACAUUCAACCAACAACACGCAAGAUGGCACCUCUUGUUAGCCAGGUAUAACUUCCAGAUUGUCUACCAACCAGGGAAACAGUUGGGAAAACUGGAUGCACUUUCACAACGCUCAGACCAUGCCAACAUACCCCCUGCCGCUCAAACCAUGCUUCCAAAACCUGUCUUUGCCAAUAUUGCUUUUGACAAGUCCCUGGAGGAAAUACUCCAAUUUCUCCAGAACAAAUUGAAAGCACCUCCCUCCAUCAAAAGGGCUUUCAAGGAUUACAAAAUGGAGGCGGGAUUACUCUUCUACCAAGGGCACAUUGUGGUGCUGGAUGCAGGGUCCCUGAGAACAGACCUGCUACAAAUCUUCCACAACAGCCCCCUGGCAGGCCACCCCGGCAGGCAACAUACACUGGAAUUGGUAUCCCACAACUACUAUUGGCCUGGUAUCUGCGCAGACACCUACUGGCAUGUGGAUUCCUGCAAAACCUGUCAGCAAAUAAGGAAACCCAAAUACGCCUUGGUCCCCCUGCAACCACUUGAAUUGCCCACCAGACCCUGGCAGCAUGUCUCCUACAAUAUGAUUGUAGACCUACCAAAGGAUGGGAGCUAUGAUUCAAUCCUAGUCAUUGUUGAUAAUUUCACCAAGUACAGGGUAUUUGUCAAAUGUUCCAAAAAACUCAAAGCCCCAGAAUUAGCAGAACUAUUCUUGGAACAUGUCUGGAAUCAACAUGGCAUGCCCAAAAAAAUGGUCUUGGAUAGAGGAAGGGUUUUUAACAACAAAUUCCUGAAGGCUCUAUACAAACACCUGGGAAUAGACCCUCACUUCUCCUUGGCAUACCAUCCCCAGAGUGACAGACAAACAGAACAAGUCAACCUGUCUAUAGAAUACUUCCUUAGGGCCUAUUCAGGGGUUAAUCAACAAGACUGGACCAAGUGGCUACCAAUGGCCAAGUUUGUGUACAACAACGCAGUUCACAGUAGCACAGGUAAAACCCCAUUCAAAGCUCUGUACAGAUGGGAACCAACCUUGACCCCAUCAAACGUGCCCACCAACGUGCCAGAAGCAGACAAUUUGGCCCAAACAAGGGAAGCCCAGUGGAAGGAAGUGGAAGCAGCCCUCCAGCAGUCUAAAUUACAAAUGAUGGCUGGAGAGGCUGGGGAACCUCUAAGCUUUAAAGUGGGAGAAGAAGUCUGGCUGGAUGCCAAGAAUGUCAACCUGAAAACCCUGAGCUCCAAACUAAUGGAACAAUGUCUGGGACCAUUCAAAGUUACGGAAAAGAUCUCCAACUGCACCUAUUGA